AUGGGGUCCCAAGCAAAGUCGAGCAUCCCCCUGCCCCAGGCAGGUCAGGAAGGGCAAUCCGAGCAGGAGUCGAAGAAUAAUGCAGGGUCAGGUGCAAAAAAAGUGAAUCCUACAAAUGGAGGAACAAGCUUGAUCAGUUUGAGAGGAUACGAUAUGCCAUCCACGUUGGAAGAGUUGUUAGAAAAAAAAGAAAUUCGAGUUUCUUCACAACAGAAGACCCCCUUCAACAUAAACAGGAACAUUAUUCUGUUUGUGUAUUUCAUGUUGAUAGUCCUAACCAAUCGUUUAUUUUUUGGUUGGCCAAAUUUAUCCAAUCUGUUAUUUCGAGAUGGAGCCUAUGUGUGGAAAUGCCCUAAAAACCCAGAUGGGUCAUACAGCAAGAGUGAUGACAAGAGGUAUGUGUGUGAAGAUCAGGAUAAGGCCGUACAGACAAUUUUCGUGUUUGGAUCUUCUGCCUAUUUUGCAUUUUCCUUUUUUAAUGGAAUCAUUGUGGAUUAUUUGGGCUCAAGGUUUAGUAUGCUUUUAGGUCACUUGUUAAAUUUGCUUGGUUGGAUCCUCUUAUUAAUGUCAAAUGAGAAAUUCGAUGCGUAUGUUAUUUCUGGUGUGUUCAUCGCAGCAAGUAUUGAUUUGGCCUCCUUUUCCACCUUGAAUGCUUCCGGUUUAUACCCUGGGAAUGAAAAUUUAAUUGUGAAUAUUAUAUCUGGUGCUGGGUCUUUGUCUGCAGGAACAAUGACUAUACUGGACUUAAUAAUAAGUGGCUUAGAUUUGAGUUUUAAAACGUUUAUGCUUUGGUACAUGUGUAUAAGUGUGCUUUUUUUCUUCGUCCUUACCAUUUUUCUCUUCCCCAAAAAUAGGUAUUACAGGCAAUAUGAAUUUGAUAAUUAUUAUAAUAGUCGAGGAGGGAUGUGCAUGAAGGGUGCAGGAGAUGAUAUUUCGAACCGGGCCAUGGGAGGUGGUAGUAGUAGUAAUAGAAGUGGAAGUGCUGUUGUGGAAUUGGGCAAAGGUUCAAGCAAGUCUGUGAUACAAAAAGAUAUAGAGAUGAAUGUGGGGAAGAACAAGAAGGACAGUAUGGACAACAGUACUAAUAACAAGAGUAACGCUUCAAAUGAAAAUGAAAAUAAGAGCAUGUUUAAUAUGGCUAGCUUGAAGGAUUUAAUAAAGAUAUGUACAUGUGCUCAUUUUUUAUGUCUAUGGAUUUAUGGUCCACUCAAUGCCAUUUAUAACACCUUCUACUUUAGUGUCGUGGAAAAUAUUCUUUCCAAGGAUAAGAAUGAUAUGCUGGGUUUUAUUCUCCCCUUUUCCUUUAUCCCUUGUAUUAUAAUGGGCAAUUUAUCGGACAAGUAUGGAGUCAUGGUUAUGUUUUCCUACGAGCUUUUUUUUGCCCUUUGUAUGUAUUUGUUUAGCUACAUAAAAUCGAAUCUAGCUCAGUGGAUCUCCGUUAUCUCAAAUACUAUGUACUCUGCUUGUGCCAAUGGCCAGUUGUGGACCUUUAUAUCUUUUACCUUUAGUUCCAAGUACCACUCUACACUCAUCGGGCUGCUCAAUUUCGUUUGCGGGAUUGUCUCCUUCGUGCGUCUCCUGCUGUUCGAGUGGGCCAAGUACACCAAGUACGAUUUUACCUACAUCAAUCUGCUUAUAAUUGGGUUGAUCGUGAUUAACGUGGGCGUCACGGUGGCCAUCGUGUUUAUUAGGAAGAUCAAGGGGGAGAAGGUGCACUACGGGGAUGAGGACUCCCUGGCCGUAGACUGA